GCAUUCCUGGGUAGUACAAGAGACGAAAAUUUGGAAGCACCGGAUUUCUUCUCGAAAUUGACUUUACUCAGGAAUAAAACAUUUAAAACAUGGGGUAAGCCUCUGCAGUUACCAUAUGCUAACGAGGGAAAAUUUUCCUCAAUAUGGUCAAAGAUCUCGUAAGCGACCAUCUAGGCUUGAAAUUUUGGGUGGUCGCUUACGGGAGAUUCGACUGUAACUCUUUAUGACGAGGAAGCAGAAGGAAACUUAAUUGAGAAAACUUUUUGCACAUGUAAAUUUGUACAUUUUCAGUUGUGCAUGUAGAUUAAACAAAAUAAUUAAAAUGUUACGAAGCCCUCUAUUCGAUGUCAGUCUGCAUUUGUUCUUAUCCUAUAGGUCUGGUGUUGGUGGCUUUGGCAGGACAAGUAACAUUUGCUCAGAACUGUUCAACCGGGAGCGAUUCAUGGCUGGUUAAUGCAUCAACAUCUUACAACACGACUAUAACAAGCCCCGAGUAUCCCAUGGGUUAUUCUGACAACAUGGAAUGUACAUGGCAGGUUGAAAUUGAAAACAAACUUUCAGGCUAUGUACUGAAGGUGCUUUUCAAUGACUUUGAGUUGCAACAAGAUCAAGCCCUUUCAUUGACUCGCUGUCCAUUUGAUAACUUAACUUUUUAUGAUGGAAAAUCGGAGUCGUCUCUCUUUCUUGGAUCAUUCUGUGGUACAGUUCAUCCUGAAGUUAUUUAUUCCACUGGAAUUAACAUGUUCAUCAAGUUGCACACAGACAGCGAGAUGACUUUCAGAGGGUUCAGCAUCAGUGUUUCAGCGGUUAGAGAAGGUACUGAGUAAUCACAUGUACAUUAAAACUAUAUUCUUGUUCAGUAUUUUUUUAAUUAACGCUUCUGGUGUAGUAGAAUGUCAGUACAAAAACCCCCUCCGUUGUCAUUCUGUUUGAUUUUGGGUAGGAACGGCUCCACGACAAAUAAAAUUAAAUGUAUACCGAGCCGAACGCAUUGUUGGAAUAUCAGUCCGAAGUCUUAAUGGUAUGUACCGAAGUGCGCUAGGGGGCGGCGUGGCCAAGUGGUUAAGGCUCUGGAUUUUUAAUCCGGAGGUCCAUGGUUUAAAUCGUCUUCCCUGUUACUGGAUAAAUUAAUUUGUGCACGGUGGCCUCGAAUUCAACUUCCCCACGUCUUGUAAAUAUCCGUCUAGUUGGGAUUUGAACAAGUUUUCAGUUCUACUUUACGAUAUUUGUUCCUUGAUUUAUUGUAUUGUCUCCAUUUAACAUAGCAGUGCUAAAUGCCUUGACAUUUUGAAGAGAUUUUAAUCUUUAAAAAGACCAAAGGCCCAUAUUCUCCCACUGAAUGGGUAUGGUCCCGGGCAAAUUUGGAUAAGGAAAGAAUCACUGCGCAAAAUGAUCAGCAGCCGGCAACGUAUGCCGGCCGGUCUGAGAAUUUUUGACAGAUUUAAGGAAUCAAAGAAAUCCAGCCAAUUCAGACUAUCUUAGGUCGAUAAAGA